AUGAGCGCGCAACCCCCCGUUCCAAAGGCCCGCUCGAAUGGAAGCCUUUGCGCCUGGGCUUCAAAUUUGCAUCCUCAGCAAUUGAAAUGCCGUCUAGAUGGUGAUUUUCUGAAUGACUCUUACAAUACUGCCCAGCAAAUCCUGUUUGAAGAUAGCACUGCUCUGGUAGUUGAGGCUCUCCGUAUCAUCCGCCAGGAAACUGCUUUACCUGUCCCAGACGUUCGGGCCUGCGGGGUAGCCGAUAUGAACCCCCUACAUCUAGGCCCAUUUAUACUCAUGACUUUCAUCGAGGGUAUCUAUCUUAAAGACGUUCUCAUUGCAAGUGGCUCGCGUGUGCUCAAGAAUGAUAUUCCCGACGACACAAUCGAGAUGAUCUAUAGGCAGAGGGCCAAUAUCAUGUUUCAACUAUUCAAAAUCAACUUUCGUCCGAUUGGUAGCAUACCUACAAUAACUACCAAUUUUGUUAAGUUCUCCACGAUUCGGCAAUACUUUCAUUAUGUUCUCGGGCAAGACUGGCAACAGCUCGAAAACCAAGCAAAUUCUGUCGCCGGAGAGACAAAUGCUCUGCCACGAUAUAUAUCAUUGAAGGUUUUGGAAUCUUUGAUUCCCGAGAUGAUCGCUACAGAAUUCGACGAAGGCCCGUUUAAGCUUAUUUGCGAUGAUCUUGGCCUGGCUAAUAUGAUCGGUAAAAGUUCUGAAGAUCUUACUACCGUCGGGAUAGUUGAUCUGGAAUGGGUGUACGCGGGGCCAGGACAUAAAGAAAUUUCCACUCUGGUUAAAUGGUCCGUGGACUCGGGCGCUAUGUGGCUCCAUAUGCUUCUCUCUUGUGGCUUUUUGGAUAUGGGCAAUUUUCCCUAUAUACAAUUGCAAGAGCAAAUAGGGCUUGAAAGAUGGAGUCUAACUUUGGAAGAACUUCGCGAUACUACAGAAGUUAAGAGCUUCAUCGAAAGGAAGAUGAACGACCUGCUUAAGUAUGACGAGGAUCUGGACAAAGUGGAAAAGUUCAAUGCCGCUGGGAAAAUGACGAGAGAGGAAUUUGUUGCCUCUGUUCGGUCGCUUUUAAGGGUUGACGAAUAG